AUGUGCCGGGCGAGGAGGGUCAAAUUUUCUCGAGAAGGUGAACCCUUUUCGCGGCGUUCGCAAAAGCACGGAAAAAAUCUGGAAUCUUCUCUCUCCCAGCAGCGUCCAGCGUCCGGAUUUUCGCACGGGGCCGUGCUCUUUCAACAGCAGGCCGCGGUAAAUUUUGAAUUGCCUCCACCCGAGAGAGUGAGAGACAGGAAGGAGGAGCUUCCUUUGCAAUACGGCAGGCGUACGACAUCCGAAGCUACCACCAUCAUCAUCACCGUCAUCAACCUCUUUCCCCUCACCGGAUCGGCUUCUACUCCCUGA